GUUCCAUGGCGGCCGUCUUCCGAGGCGCGUGGUCCAGGUGCUCCCUGUGCGCGCGCAGGCUGUUUACUGCCGCCGUGCCUCCUGGUGGCAAAGGCUCGCGCCCUCGUAAGGACUUGCUCCUCGAGCGGGAGCCACCUGGCGGGAGCCUCUCGACCUGUUUGUUUGGAAGAGGCUGGACGAUCAUCAUGUUGCGGGCCUUGUUUUUGGUGUCGCUGCUCGCACUUCUCAGGGUGUGGAUGGUGUGUGGGCAGCAAGGGUACUAUACAAUUGUUGCACCAAAGGUUUUGCGUCCAAACUCUGAAUACCAUGUUGCUGUGAGCACUCAGUUUGUAUCGGAGCCAUGUGAUAUAGUGGUAACUGUUGGUGGAAAACAAGAUGUGGGCAGCAACUUUGUAACAAGCCAGAUGAUAACCGUGGAGCCGUACACCACCAGGAUUGUGAAGCUGGAGAUAGGAGACUUGGGAAGUGGCAUUUACAAACUCAUAGUCAAAGGAGAGAAAGGACUGGUGUUUGAAAACUCAACAAAUGUUGAUUACAUUCAUAAAAGUUAUUCAGUAUUUAUUCAGACUGAUAAAGCAAUUUAUAAACCUGGUCAUAAAGUGAUGUUUAGAGCAAUAGUCCUAAAUUCACACCUCAAACCAAGUGUUACUGGAGCCCUUGAUAUAUAUAUUACUGAUGGAAGGGGCAACAGAGUUAAGCAGUGGAGGCGUGCCCUCACAACAAAGGGCGUGUUCUCAGGAGAGCUGCAGCUGUCUGAAUCUCCAGUUCUUGGAGACUGGAAUAUUGUUGUCAAUGUACUGGACCAGACUUUCAGUAAAACCUUUCAAGUUGCUGAAUAUGUUCUACCAAAAUUCGAGGUCACAAUUGAUGUGCCCCCAUAUGUUACCUUCAAGAAUUCCAAAGUGGCAGCUGUUGUGCAUGCAAAGUAUACAUAUGGAAAGCCUGUGAAGGGAGAGGCAACUGUCACUAUGUAUCCAAAUUAUUUCUCAUCAAUUUUACAACCAGCAUUUCAGAAUCCUGUGCGAAAAGUUGUGACAAUUGAUGGCAAAGCAGUGGUGGAAUUUGACCCUGCAAAGGAGCUAAAUCUAAAUGAUGAAUAUGCUAGAAAUGUCCAGUUUGAGGUUGCUGUUGAGGAAGCUUUGACUGGAAGGAGGCAGAAUAACUCAGCACAAGUGACAGUACACAAGUAUAUGUACAAGAUGAACCUUAUUAAGACGUCAGAGUGCUUCAAACCAGGCCUCAAGUACACAGGAUAUGUUCAGCUUGUGUACCAGGAUGGAAAACCUGUCCGGGAUGAAAAGAACCCAGUCAAAGUUAGCUACAGAUUUUCGCAUGGUGAGAACUUCACGGAAGAAUCAUUCAAGUUAUCACCAGAUGGUAUGGUGACACUUGACUUCUUCCCAGAUAAAAAUGCAACAGUUCUUGAAAUUAAAGCACAAUAUCUCGGCAUGGAGGAAUGGUUCUCAUCCAUUUUACCUGCAAAUUCACCAAGUAAUACAUUCAUUCAAGCAGUUGUGAAGACAGAACAUCCAACUGUGAACGAUUAUGUACAAGUGGAGAUAAAUUCAACAGUGCCUCUCAAGUACUUCAGCUACCAGAUAAUUGGACGUGGAGAUAUUGUGAUAGCCCGUACAGUACAAGUGUCACAAUCUGUGCCAAUGUUCAAAUUCCUAGCAACUUAUGCUAUGGCACCAACGGCCCAUGUUGUUGUGUUCUAUAUGGCUGAAGAUGGAGAAGUCAUUGCUGAUGCACUUGAUAUUGAGCUGAAGGGCACUCUUCAGAACUUCGUAACAGUUGAAGCAAAUCCCAAUGAAACAGAACCAGGUGGAACUGUUGAUCUGAAAAUUGAAGCCAAGGCUAACUCCUAUGUAGGCCUGUUGGGAAUAGAUCAGAGUGUUUUGCUCUUGAAAGGAGGACAUGACAUCACAGAGGAUGAUGUACUGAAGGAGCUACACUCAUACGAUGCCAGUACAAAGUCACCAUACAUUGAUGGUUUAAGGGAUAAAAGGUCUCUGUUUUGGCGACCAGGUUCCUCUGAGGCAAAGGAGAUAUUUGAUAAUUCUGGUGUUGUGGUCCUGACCAAUGGGCUUGUGUAUGAAAACAUGCCAUGGCCGCUGCCGGUGCCAGGUUCGGGCCCCGGGCUGCGCGCGCAGGACGGUCCCCACUUCCGCACAACCCCACCCCCUGGGGCUCCCACACUCAAGCCGGACCUCGGGCCUCCUGUCGCUUACACACCUGUCACCAGACCACCCCUUGCGGGGCCCUACGCCUUCUCUCGAAUCCCUGCCCCCGUCUGGAAUAAGCCACGCGUCUUUCUCCUGCACGACCUCGCGUCGCCGUGGCUCUUUGCCAACUUGUCUUCUGGGCAAAGUGGAAAAACUUCAUUGAAAAGUAAGGUUCCUGACACCAUCACAUCUUGGAUUCUCACAGCCUUUUCAGUAGACACGUUGUUUGGGCUUGGUCUGAUAGAAACUCCUCAAAAGGUGCGAGUCUUCCGGCCAUUUUUCAUCUCUAUCGAUCUGCCAUAUUCUGUCAUUCGUGGUGAGAUUGUAGCAAUACCUAUAGUUGUCUUUAAUUACAUGGACAAGGAUGUUGUAGCUGAUGUUACGCUGGAGAAAGUCGAGCUUGGUACCUUUGAAUUUGCUGAAGUGUCAAAUGAGGUCAGCUCUGUGAAUAAGGUGGAAUUGUAUCGUAAGAAGCAAGUUACGGUGAAAGCCAACAGUGGUUCUUCAGUAUCAUUCAUGAUAACACCUAAGAAACUGGGCCACAUAACAAUUCAAGUAAAAGCCAAGUCUCCUUUGGCUGGUGAUGCAGUGCUGAAGGGGAGACACGAGUACCGAAAUAAAGCAUUCUUCAUUGAUCUCAGAAGCACCAACAGUCACAAAACCAAUGUCACAUUAGAGAUUCCUAGAAGUUCAGUUCCAGGGUCAGAGCAAAUUGAGGUUUCAGCUGUCGGUGACAUAUUGGGACCUAGCAUUUUCAAUCUUGACAAACUCAUUAAGAUGCCAUAUGGCUGUGGUGAGCAGAAUAUGUUGAAUUUUGUACCCAACAUUGUUGUAAUGGAAUAUCUCAAGAACACAGACCAGCUGACACCUGCUGUCGAAACCAAAGCUUUGAAACACAUGGAAAAAGGCUAUCAACAAGAGCUUACAUAUCGCCGAGAUGAUGGUUCCUUCAGUGCAUUUGGCAACAGCGACCAGCACGGAAGCACAUGGCUGACAGCUUAUGUAACGAAGUCAUUCAGUCAGGCAAUGUCAUAUGUGCCUGUGGAAGACAGAGUGAUAGAAGAGGCUUUGCGAUGGUUGUCAAACAACCAGGCUUCUGACGGCAGCUUCCCAGAAGUGGGCAAGGUCAGCCACAGUGCCAUGCAGGGUGGUGCAGCCAAGGGCCUGGCUCUUACAGCAUACACUCUCAUUACAUUCCUUGAGAGCCAGCAGAGAUACAGGCAGAUGUACCACAACACCAUCAACAAGGCAGUGGAGUACAUUGUGCGGAACAUAGAUAGCAUCAACGACACUUAUGCCAUAGCUAUAACGGCAUAUGCACUCCACCUUGCUGACCAUACUGCCAAGGAUGCUGCCUUCAACAUUCUAGAGAGUAGGGCUAAGACUGAAGGUGACAUGAAGUGGUGGAGCAGAUCCCUUGGUCAAGAGGAUGAGAAAAACCCAUGGCAUAGUCUACCCAAUUCUGUAAAUGUUGAAAUGACAUCUUAUGCUCUUCUAACGUACUUAUUGAACAAUCAUGUUGCGGAUUCUUUCCCAAUUUUGAGAUGGUUGGUUUCACAACAGAAUGAAGAGGGUGGAUUUUCCUCUACACAGGACACUGUUGUCGGCCUUCAUGCGCUGGCUCAACUGGCACAGCACAUCAAUUCCCGCUCAACUAGUAUGGCAGUAAAUAUUACAUACCAAAAUGGCGGAUCAGUAAUCUUCAAUAUUAAUCGCCAGAAUUCAAUGAUUCUCCAAAAGCGUGAGCUGUCGUCAAAAGUACGGGAAGUCAACAUCACAGCAACUGGAACAGGAUUUGCCAUUGUGCAGGUGUCUUACCGCUACAAUGUUAAUGUGACUGGUGCAUGGCCGCUCUUCACAUUAGACCCACAGGUUGACAAAAACUCUGACCGGAAUCAUCUGCAGCUUUCGAUAUGCUCAGCGUUUGCUGCUGGACAGUCUGCUAAUGAAAGUAACAUGGCUGUUAUGGAAGUGUCAUUGCCCUCUGGCUUCACCGUUGAUUCAGAUUCACUACCCAGCCUGGAAGUUUCACAGAAUGUGAAGAGAGUUGAGACCAAAGAUGGGGACACUGUUGUUGUUCUGUAUUUUGACAAGAUGACAAGGCAGGAGUAUUGUCCCACCAUAUCUGCUUACCGAACUCACAAAGUGGCUAAGCAGAAACCAGUUCCUGUAUCUAUUUAUGAUUAUUACGACUCGUCUAGACGUGCUAGAGUAUUUUAUGAACCAAGAGUAGCAACACUGUGUGAUAUCUGUGAGGAUGAAGACUGCGACUCAGUUUGCUCGAGUAAAUCGAGUGGUCGUAGUGGAGGGAGUGACGGUAGUGCCGGGUCGGCAGCACCUGUGCCGUUGCCAAGUCAUCUACUUGUGCUGCUGAUGUUCGCUGUUUGCUUGCCUGUGGGCUUGGCUACACAGCACUGAUUGUUUUGUCUAGGCUCGUAUGAUGGGUAAAACUUCAUACAAGCUGCUGACACAGAGAGAGACUGAAACUGUUUGUAAAAGAGAUGUACAGUGGACUGAGUACAUUACUAAAUUAUAUUUUGCUCAGUGCUUUGAGACAUUCUGAAUUAUUAACAUUCUUCUGCGUAAUCAGUGGAUAAGUAUGCUUUGAUGUUGUUGAAAAUACAAUCUGUGGAUUUACAAAUAACACCCAUUAAAAAUAUGGGAUAACAACAAUUUAAUUUACUGUGAUUCAUUUUAAAACCAUUAAUUCCAUGGAAGAUGAUUCAUAAUAUUAUGGUAUUUAUCACUAUAUUCUUGAGGUCUAUAAUUAAGAGUGCAAUAAAACCAAAUUUCAAUGUGUGUGUGUGUGUGUGUGUGUGUGUGUGUGUGUGUGAGAGAGAGAGAGAGAGAGAGAGAGAGAGAGAGGGGGGGGGGGGGCAGAUAGUUACUUAACGUAAUAUUUAACUUAACACAGAGCAAUACACUUGGUUCUUCUUAUGUAGACAUCAUAAUUAUGAGUGAGUAAGUGUUGGAUAGUUCUGGUUACAAGAAUGCAAAUUGUGUCCACUGGCAAUGCUGUGUGUGUUCUUCUUCUAAACUGUAACAUGUGUGUGAUGUCAUUUACCAGUCACAUAUCUGCAUUGCCUGGACAGUAAUGAUGCAAUUUGCUGUUGAAAUAAAAUAUGUAAACUACUCAAAGCUAAUUGUGAUAUGUAACAAAGCUGCUUUAACACACUUGUUAUGUAGGAAGAUUGUGAUGUUCCUUUGUGUUUUUUGAACAAUAUUUUUUUUGUUUAUAUAGUUUUGAAACAAAUUAUUUGGUGAUUACUUUGAAAUCAGUUUUUGAGAUGAGUGAUAUGUAUAUUUGUUAAUAACAAGAUUGUAACAUAUAAAUAAAGUUUUGAAUUUUUUGUA